AUGAGUGCAUGCCAUCUUCUACUUAAAAGACCAUGGCAAUUUGAUAGGAAGGUUAUUCAUGAAGGGGACACCAAUGUCUAUUCUGUAUUGGUUGGCUCAAAAAGGGUUAGAUUACAUCCUCUAAACCCUACUCAAGUGGAGCCUAAGCAACCACCUAAAGCACCAAGUUUGUUCCUAAAUGCUAAGGAGUUCGAACAUGAAAUAGAAAAAGGAGGUUGUGCUUAUGCUUUGGUUGUGAAGCAGGUGAGUACAAGUAUUAAGGUACAUAACAAUGAUCAAUUAGAAACUUUGAUGCAUGAAUUCAAAGAUGUUUUCCCAGAAGAGUUACCACAAGGCCUUCCACCUUUAAGAGGAAUAGAACAUGCAAUUGAUCUUGUUCCAGGCGCACCAUUACCUAACAAGCUUGCUUAUAGCUGUGAUCCAGGGGCUUCUAAGGAGUUGCAACGCCAAAUAGAAGAGUUAAUUGAAAGAGGUUAUGUAAGGGAAAGCAUGAGUCCAUGUGUUGUGCCAGCUUUACUAGUUCCUAAGAAAGAUGGAACAUGGAGAAUGUGCAUAGAUAGUAGAGCAGUAAACAACAUAAAGUGA